AUGUCGGGUCUCAUAUCACCUAGCGAGCCCGUUAUUAGGCAUCCGGUGGAACACAUCUCCAAGGACACUUCCAAGGACGAGGCAUUCUCUGUCGAGAUGGGCAACGCCAAUUCGAAAUCCCACCACUUCGACGAUCUGCCGGAGACGAGUUCAUUCCGGAUCGUCAAACUUUCGCCCGGCAAACGCAGAGACCCGAUAUCCUGCGAGACGGAAAUCGCAGACUUGCACGAAUUUCCUAAAUUCGAAGCCAUUUCUUAUAUCUGGGAUGACUCGACCGCAAAAGUGACUGUUACUUGUGACAACGUAAAACUUAAGAUCAGCGCAAACCUUCAGAGAGCUUUGGCUCAUCUCCGGCUGGAAGACGAACACCGAUAUUUAUGGGCUCAUGAACUAUGUGUUGAUAGAAAGAACACAGCGGAACGAAGCCAUCAAGCCCGCCUCGUGCACGCCAUUUACAGAGCAUCCCAGAAAACCCUUAUUUGGAUUGGAUCGGACACCGCUGGACAUCUGGCUGAGAUUGCCGUCAAAUCGAUCAUUCAAAUCUCAGAUUUCCUCUGCCACACUCUUCAACGUUACCUUCCGGAAAUCAGCGUGACAAGCAACGUAUAUCGAGAUAUCAUAUACGAGAACCGCAAGAAGCUUCCCUCUCCCAACAAAUGCGAAUUCAGCACCGAGACAAUAUGGCACUCUUUGAUUUGGUUUUAUUCGCACGCAUACUUUACAGGAGUAUCGAUCUUUGAGGAAAUCAACGCGAACAAGCGUCGAUCCGUCCAAUGCGGUCAUGAAACUGUGGAAUGGGAGCGGGUAGAGUUGGUUGCGGGCUAUAUGAUUCUGGAUCGAGCCUUCUCGAAAUGUUUUGGAUUCGAUAAAACACAUUGCUGGUGGGCAACUAUACUGACGACCGGGCAAAUUCGGCAGCCGAGGAACUGGCUUACUACACUGUAUCUCGCAUCAAAUUUCAAAAGCGUGGAUCCGCGGGACAAAGUGUACGGUCUACGUGGUCUCCUGAAGCACUCUAUCGUGACACCCCUGUUGGAACCGGACUACAGCAAGCCGUUGCUGGAUGUCUACCGAGAAGCCGUCGAAGCAUCAUUCCUUAAGUUCCACAACCUCGAUGCUCUGCUAUACGUCGCAGCAAACGAAAGUCCCUCGUGGAUUCCUCGUUGGGAUAAGCCAAUGCUAUUCCGAAAUCCGUUCAGAUUUAGCAGCCCCGUACCAUGGAGGCCGGCCGGAGAUAGAGAGCCGGCAUGGAUUAUCGACCCGGCUACCAAUAUCCUGACUGUCUCUGGUUCUAUAUACCGCUCAGUUAAAUUCGUUGAGCCGUAUAACCAGGCGUUCUUCGGUGAAGUGAUGAUCAAUUCAGCGGAAGGACGACACACCUUGAAGCGAAAAUGGGAGACGAUAUUACAAACAGCGAGGGCCAGUCAACCAGCAAGGGAGCCGCUUAGACGCGAAACUAUUACUGCGCUAGCCAUGAGUUUCUUGUUUAGCCUGGACGAGAACAACCGUGUUGCCGAUCCCAAGAAAGCAAUGCAUACAUUUGUCGCUUAUCUCAUGAAGAUUCUCGACGAUGAAAUCCUCACUCUCUACAUACCGCGUGUGUUCCAGGAAGAAUCCGCACACGCUGAUGGUGACACGUUUGGAAAGCCCAUCUGGGAUUUCGAAUACCCCGCCUCCAGUUUCUUCGCCACCGAGGAUGGCCACGUUGGUUGUUGCAUAACAUCGAUUAAGCCGGGUGAUGUUGUUGUCAUUGUACCUGGAUGCACUUAUCCGUUGGUCCUGCGUCCUGAUGGUCAGUACCAUUACAUUAGGGGGUAUGCAUAUGUACAUGGAAUAAUGAUGGGGGAGAUCCAUUACUUGAAGCGGCAGGAUUUUAUGAUUCGUUGA